AAUAAAAAGACGAACGAGCUGUCUAAAACCGACAGUUCGCGAAAACAAUGAGAAAUUAUAGAACGAGGAAAAAAUCAGUUAUUGAUAAAAGUAGAUAGAAAGACAAGUUUUUAUGGUAAACCAGUCUCAGACAGUAUGAAGAGGCUGGUAUACCAGCAGCCCAUGGAAGAUGGGGAGAGUCAUACCAUGUUGUUGAAUGAUGGCCGAGAGGUAUCCAAACUACCCCAGCCUGAGAUUACAAACUAUGGUAAUGAUAUCUCCUACCUGAAUUAUUUGAGACAGCAGCUGAGCACAAACUCACAACAAAAACACCAUGGAUUUAACCCCAGCAACCAACCACCAGGAAAGAUCAAACUAAAUGUCUCCAAGGCAACAAGAGUCCUUGAACCUCCCCCUUCUCCAGAUGAGGUCAUCUUGAUCGACAGCGAUGAAGAAGAGGACACCACUUCAUCAAAGAUUGAUUUUCCCAAAGAGUUCAAAGACCUCGGGGCAGAAAGCACACUUCAGCUGAACCAGACCAUGAAUUCCUCGGUUUGGACCCAUCCGACUUCUUCCCCUCCACCAAGACAUGUACCAGUCCCGAAAAAGAAGCUGCAUAUGUCAACUAAACUGGUUACUGAGGAGGAGGAUCAAGUUUUUGACCUGAAACCAAAGCAUGAAGAUUACAAAGCCAGAGUGGUGGAUCCAGCUCCUGAGCCGCAGAUCACAGACACAGGACAGCUGGGAAUACAGAUGAGAACUGGAGGAGGAAUAGAUGACCUGAACGAGAUUUUAGAGUUGAUGCAGGAGAUUGGAGAGAUUCCAAAGGUCAAGGAGAGGAAGAAAAGUUUUGAAGAGGGUAAGGUGGUGGAUGGAGAAAAGGAUGCUCUAGUUGAACUACUGAACACCCAGGACAAACUGCAGAACGGCACCACUGGAGUCAUUUGUCAGAAGUUGGAGAGUUCUCGUUAUGAGGAGUACAAUGAGGGACAUUUCACCGUCCUGAAGCAGCUGGGGGAGGGAUCCUAUGGGAGCGUAGACCUGUGUAAAGAUAGCAACACAGAGGAACAGUUUGUCCUCAAAAAGGUACAGAAGGACUUCAAAGUAGAGGAAGUGGUGGUGCUAUUGUAUCUGGAGCAUGAGAACAUCACCGCUCUGUAUGGUUACAUCAAACGAGACGGAAUCUCAGAAAUCCUCAUGGAAUACGCAGGGAUGAACUUGUUGACCUUUGUUGUGAGGAGACAGACGAUGGAGGAGCAACUCAUCUGGAGCGUCACCAGACAGGCUUUAUCUGCCCUCAAGUACCUGGAUCAACACCAGAUCAAGCAUCUGGACCUCAAACCUGAGAACAUCUGUGUCACUGACAACAUGGUGGUGAAGCUGACCGACUUUGGCUCUGCUAAAAUGGCCACGCAGGAACAGGAUUACCAGGGGUGGACUUCCGAGUACAUGGCCCCAGAAAUGUGUCGGUCCUUCCUGCAGAGCCGUUACCCCAACGCCUUCAAAGACGCAGAGGACUUCUCCCUGACCGGGAAGGUGGAUGUGUUUGCCUUUGGCCUUGUGAUACAGUUCAUGCUUGAGAAAUCCCACACACAGCUGAAGUUUUACACCGGUGGAGCCAGCUCUUAUAAGGGCGUGGAAGAUGCUAACCAACUGAGGCUGAAGAUUAUCAUUGCUAAUGCCAAGGAUCCAGACAUGGUGCUGAAAUUGAUGCUGACAGAGAAAGGAAGUGUGGGAAUCCGAGAACUCCUCAGAGGCCUCCUACAGGGUGUGCCUAAAAACAGAUUAUCUGCAGAACAGGCCCUACUAAAGAUCGAAGCCAUGGAGAGAAAGCAUAUGAUUCCAGGAUUCCCUGCACCUGAGACAAAAGACAACACGGUGUCAACAAAAUUAACGUCCUUCCACCGACGUCGCUCCACGGUGCGACAGCUCAGCACGCUCGCAUCCAUUAGCAGCAAUACGUCUCAGAUCGACGAGCCCAUGUCACCGGGGCCCAUGAAAGGUCGACGCAAGGGGAAGAAGAGGGUGUGUCCUUACGACCCUGAUGACACCAGGCUUAUUGUAGCAGAUGAAAAUCUCUGUGGAAAUGUCCCCGAUUUCUCAGUGCUCCAUGCUUAAGAAUGUUGUAAAAUUUAUGAAUUAUGAGACUAAACACUAAAAUACCACCAGAAAGUUUUUUUUUUCUCUUUAGUUAAGAUUUGUUACCUGUAAAUGUUUGUUGCAAACUUUAUAUAUAUUUUAAAGUGGGCAGUUUUUGUCACUUGUCAAAAUUUGUUUUUUUGGGGGGGGGGGGGGUUCUGAAAAAUAUUUUUCUAAGAUCAUAUUUAUUUUAUCAGUGAUCUAGGUUUAAAUAUCCAAAAUCAAAAAAUUAAAAAAGAAAAAAUUCUUAAAGCUCUCAACUAGUGACCCAAUGUACUUUAAUUUUUUUUUUUUUACAUUGAUAAAAAAAAUAAUUGUAAAAAUUCGUAAAAUUCUAAAUUAACAAAAAAAGUGUUUAUGAUAGAAAUCACUAUUGCAUACUUUAAUGGGGAAUUAAAUUUUUUAGCUCACCUAAGUAGAAGGCUUGAGUGAGCUUUUCUGAUCAAAAUUUGUCCAUUGUUUGCCAUUAGUAUUAUUGUCUUUGACAUUGGCAUCAGGACAAACAGUUUACAAUUUCUUCUUGUCCGGAACCAUUGGGCCCAAUAUCAACCAAACUUAGCACCAAGUAUCUGUUGGUGAAGGAAAUACAGGUUUCUCCAAAUGAAGGACCACAUCCUGUUUCAAGGGGAGAUAUGAAAUAACAGAUGGGAUCAUACAAAAUAUUGGAAGAUAGAAACACUACUGGGUGCUCAAAGUAUUUGUAGAGGAAAUUUCUUUGAAAAAUCUUUUCAAGAAUAGGAAGCCAUACUUCGAAAACAUAAAAAUCUGUUAAACAGAAAAGCAAUGAUAAAUCAUUUUUAUUUAGAAGCAUUUUAAGGAGGCUGGGGGUCAACAAAUUAACAACAAAUUAACCACCAGAUUUAACUAUUUUUUUUUAGAUAUGGUAUCUUAAGCUGUCAAUCAUCAUUUGGCAAAGAAAAAAUUCAUACAUUUUAGUUUUAAAAUUUGAUCACUUUUGUAUAUCUUUAUAUGGAGCUCUUCCUUUAAAGGAGAGAAAGGCUGAAAAUGGCUGCCACCCCCAGCCUCUUUAAAGUGGUGUAGCAUCAAGUUUGUUCAAAUAAUGUCAUCCUUGGGAUAGAGUUGAUCUACAUUGAGCAAUCAAAAUUUUCUUAAGAUUAUAUAGGAAAAAGAAUCUGGAAGUGAAAAUGAGAAAGGCUUUUGUUGCGCAGGUGAGUCUUGUGGCCCAUAUAUUGGCGUCUUGCAAGCCUAUUUUGAGAUGUGUGACUCAUAAACUAUGAAUUUAUUAUUUCAAGUCCUGCUGCAUGUACAUACAUGUAUUGAGUUUGCUUUUGCAAAAAAGCAGCUGCUAGUGCUAGUAUCUACUAGUACCUUAAGAUUUUCCAUAGAGGGAGCCUUUUGUGAGAUAUGUAUCUCAUAUACAAUGGAUUUAUUAUUAUUGCAAAUGCUGCUAAAUUUUGAGUUUGCUUUUGCAAAAAAGCAACUGCUAGAAUCUACCUUAGGAUUUUGCAUAGAGAGAGCCUAUUGUGAGAUAUGUAACUCAUAUACUGUGAAUUUAUUAUUAUUACAAGUGCCGCUUAAAUUCAAGUAUGCUUUUGCAAAAAAGCAACUUGGUAUAUACUAUAAGAUUUUGCAUAGAAGACAUGAUCAAUAUGAAGUCAAGACAAAGCUACAAAUAUGUAUUUUUUGAAUGACAAAAGCAGUAGAAAAGGUACAACAAGUAAAGACAACUGCAACUGUUAAAGGACAUCUAACCCCACACCCCCCACCCCCACCCCCUCCUAUCAAACCCUGUUAGCUAGAAACAAUUAAAGAGGGGUAUAUCAUUUACCUCUUUUUUUAAUUGUUCAAAUCUUUGUUAAUAUUUUUCAGAAAUUUAGUAAAUGCAUGUGCACUCUAUUUCAUUUAACAAUACACAUAAAAUCACGGACAAAUUUUAUAAAAUACAAAUUAUUGUUUCACAGUUAUUGUAAUAUUAGUUGCUGUUGUGCAUGUAGCUGCACUCUUAACAAAGUGGAAGAGGGGGGUCUUUGUUGAAAUUGCAUCAUUCCAGACUCAAAUGAGUUUGAUCAAGAAAAAUAGAGAGGCAGGGAGUUUAUUUUUGUAAGAAAUAGACUUGGUCAUAGUGUUGUGUAAAGCACAAGUGUAGGUGCUUGUAUUACAUUGGAUUGAGCAGUUCAAGUUAGUUAAGUGCGAAACCAUUAUUGAGCUAAACUUUCAGGCCCCAGGAUCAUGAAACAGACUUAGACUUAAGUCAAUUUUU